AUCAUUGACAGAAACCUUGGGGGAACUUGUUUCGUACACGAAUCGUAUACGCAUUAUUGCCGUUCGCCGGAACGGGAUACACAAACGUCGUCGCGUAUAGUUGCCCACGGGCCGUCACUGUUUUUUUUAUACGUUUCAUUCGCGAAAGUGCGUCAAUUUUGUGUAUCGCACCUCGAUCUUUGUGCAACAUAUUAUAUCCGAGAGGAGUCACGCCGAUUCUUGCAUAAAUCUCUGCAGGACGUUCGCGUUUUCGUUGAGGCCUCAACAGCUGCAGAGCAAAUUGCAAUUCCGACAGUUUUUUUAUAAACUCGUGCUGUGCGCAACGCGCGCGUUUAUCUGGCGAGGAGAGACACAAUCGCUCGCCCAACCAACAGCUUCCGUUCGCCACGCUUGUCGUCGCUUAUACGUAUGUUUAACGUUGCUUGACAAUCGCAAUUUUACUCUCGUCGAGACGAAAGAUUGUCGCUUCUGCAAUAUUCGAUCGAAUUCUCGUGUGUUCUUACGCCAAUUUUUAUACGCGAGACACAAACCAGUCGUGGACGUUGGCAACAGCAACCCCGACAAAGCGUAUCGCGUGGACUAUGAAAUUACGUUGCGUAAUGAUGACAUCCGUUUUUACGUGCGGCGUGCAGAAAAAAUACUCGCGCGGUAUCCUCACUCCGGAAAUUCGCGCAACGGAAUGCCCGAAAGCGCAAUAACUCGCGUAGCACGAGAUUUUCUGCUGAUGUAAUCAGUUGUAACCUCCAAUUGUAACCUCCUGCGUUUUCGGAAGUAACGGAAAAAGUUCGAAUUCCGCUUGAAAGUCAAUCGUUUGCACCUGUACGAAAGCCUCGCAAAUUAUGUUCCGCAGAGCGCCGCGCGCGCGUUUGUAUGCCGACUAAUUUAAGUGUUCGUUUUAACAAUGUGUUUUCAAGAUGGUAAUGAACUCGCGAGCAUCCCGCUGAGGCACAAUGUCGGACGAUAACAUGCCGCACAUCUCCUACGGGCUUGACAGCCGCGGAAGGAUAGUGCGUAUCGAGUCGGGCAUAACCAGGGCCAACAUCAGACGUCUUCCGAGCAUAGAGGAGGCUCUAAGGAGGCUCAGCACAAAUUUGAGAUCCGAUAGACAAGCUGCCGACCCUAACAAUGAAGUAUCCGAUUCUCAAGCUACGCCACAAAUAGCAUCGCUGGAGGAGGAUAGCUCUCAGAAUGCGUGGGACGACAUAACGGAUCAUGAACUGUCUGUUGAUAUUACUGAUGGGGCGUCAUCGCCAAAUCAAAUUACGUCUAGUGUGCCAUCGUUGACUCCAGAGGAAGACAGGCGAUACUGUUGGGUAUGUUUUGCAACUGAUGAAGAUGAUGCGACUGCUGCUUGGGUUAAACCAUGUCAUUGUCGGGGUACUACAAAAUGGGUUCAUCAAGGAUGUAUUCAGAGAUGGGUCGAUGAAAAGCAAAAGGGUCAUGCUGGACAUGCUGUGGCAUGUCCACAAUGCAAUACAGAAUAUAUUAUAGUUUAUCCAAACAUGGGUCCAUUAGUGGUGGUGCUCGAUACGAUCGAUGCAGUUAUCUUCCGAGUAUGUCCUUUCAUUGCUGCUGGUAUUGUAGUUGGAUCCAUAUAUUGGACAGCUGUAACUUAUGGUGCGGUGACUGUUAUGCAAGUGGUAGGUCACAAGGACGGGCUCACCAUGAUGGAACAGGCCGAUCCUUUAGUUCUACUAGUUGGAUUGCCGACCAUUCCGAUUAUGUUAGUUUUGGGAAAAAUGCUUCGUUGGGAAGAUCAGGCCCUUAGUUUUUUGAGGCGACAUGCAUCCAAAGUUCCUAUUUUAAGGCAUUUUCUACCGAGCAGUUAUACCGACGAAGACAACACAAGUAUACAAUCUGAAGAUAUACCACCAAUGAAUGAUCCGGUAUCUGCAACGCGUGUUCUUUGUGGCGCACUUUUACUACCAACCAUUGCUAGUCUAUGUGGAAGGAUAUUCUUCGAAAGCAUAAGUUCCAAUUUUCAGAGAACAUUACUGGGUGGUGCAGCUUUUAUAACAAUAAAAGGCGCGUUCAAAAUUUAUCAUAAACAACAACAAUACAAGAGACAGUGCCAGCGUCGCGUAAUGGACUAUACAGAGAGCAACGUAGCAUUAUAUAAAAGGCAACAAGACUCCGAGAGUGAUCGAAGUUAAAUAAAAUAACAACGAAUGUUUGAA